GGUACCUCUACACUAACAGCAUCCUUGAGUGCAGUGUACCAAGCGGUGCAGGCAACACUAGCAUGGCACUACACGCGAUCCAACAAACAAGCCGCAACCUUCGCUGGAACCGGCCAUCUACUCAGGUUGCUAAACAAACGUUUUCCCUUCGUCAUUGAUUUGACCAAACCAUCAGCUCGACACCGCGCCACGAUUUAUUCCGAAACCCAAUCUUCCACGCACCACCCUUUCCAUUCUCACGACGUGCAUCGGUAGAUGAUUACAAGCCGCAACCAAGCAGUCAAUUUCCCGAUUCCAGCCAUCCCUUCUUUCUCCAAAAUGGAGGUCGACCCGCGCGGGCGCACUGAGUUGAGCCACAGGGGAGGCGACGAUGAUUCUAUCGACACAAGGAUGGCUGACGACAAACCGACCUAUCGGUCAUGGAAGAAGAAGUAUCGCAAGAUGCGUAUAGCCUUUGAUCAGAAGAUGCAUGAAGGCGAGGAGCUGUACAAAGCCGAGCAAAAGGCCCUAGCAACCGCCCGGCGACUAGCCAUUCAGAAGGACCGUCUUCUCGAUCUCCUUCUCGACGUCAACAAUUCCAACCAGAUCCCACCAGAGAAGCGCUUCGAUUUGAGCGUCAAGGCACCUUCCAAUAAAGAAGGUCUAUACCUGGACAUCGACAGGCCUUCCACGCCUCCGGGCGGCAUCCGACCCUCGAAAUCCUACAAGGAACUCCUCCAAGAUGUGCCGCACAUGCGGUUUUCCCAAGCGGCCGAGUGCUUUCCGGAGCUCCUCCGCGACCUCGAAGCCGGCCGCGACUCGCCAGCCGAUCCGUUCCAGGGACAACCCCAUCCGCCUUCGUUUCUCACGGCGGACGAUAUCGAUAACUACAUUUGGGAGAUUGACCAACGGCUGGCGAGAAAAGAGGCCACUGAGGCUGGUGUGUCGCCUCCUCCGGCCUUGCCUACCCUCGCACCGAUUGCCCAGCCGAACAGCGCCGCCACCAACGCGAAGGAGAGUGGUUUGCUCGCCUCCCGGGACUUCCAGCUACGCAACCCGACAUCUGUCUACAACUGGCUGCGGAAACAUGCGCCCAAGACAUUUCUACAAGAUACAGAGGCCCACGGGGAUGACAACGACCACGGUGAGUCUCGCGGCACCACCUCAGGUCGCGGCGGACGGGCUAAAGGCGAGCGUGGCGGUACGUCAGGGGGCCGUGGUGGUCGGGGCGACUCGAACUUGGCUCGUACAAAGAGGGGCGGCGCCAAGUCCGCCGCUGUUGUCGUUGAGGCACCCGAAUACUUGGACGAAGAUAACAACUUGGAGGCGGCGGUGACACCGAGUACAACAAAAGGCAAGCGAAAGCGGGUUGUGGACGAUGAUCCGGGCUACAGGCCCAAGGGUGGGUCAAGUCGGCCGACCAAGAAGAAGCGUAAGAGCGAAGGCGGCGGCGGGGAGGCUACGCCUACAUCGGGUACUAAAAGGCCGCGAAAGAGCGCCGGAGCCAGUGUUGAAGCCUCAAAAGCCAAUGACUAGUGGGUGAGACAGGACGCCGUGAUGGCAUAUCGUGGAUGAGGGUGGGUGUUUGAAUUAUAGAAGUGACCCCUAACGUCCUUCAGCGGGUUCUUCGUAUAUUUGUUUACGGGCGGCCGGCUAGUUGUGGCGUUCAAGUUCUCACCACGCGCUUUUUGGCAGUGGCUCACCAAGAACAAUCGGGAAUGCAUGUGCGUGUUUUUAAGAUGGAGGUAAUCGGGAAUAGAUUUCGAGUACGAGGGUUACUUAUCAUUCAUACACACUUCGGCUUUUCAGCAGUGUUCCAUGUUUCUAGUCUUCGAAUGGGUCCCCAUCCAGCAUCCGUCCACCAAGGACCAAGGAUACAUGAACGAUUCUCGUCUGUCAAAUUUCAUGGCUUGAAGUGAUGCGAGUUUAGUCAGAGUGGGCGGAGUUGCUUUAUUGUCGACCAUAGAAAAUAGUGGUGCUGUUUGUAUACGUAGCCAACGUUUGAAACUAGAAAUAGCGCCCUACAAGAAACGUGUAGCUGAUCUACUGAUUCGAAAAGCCGGGACAAAACAAAUACCGGAACGUGGGAGAACACCAAGUAAACAGAGAAUACGUAAGUAAAUAAAAGAUUCGGUUUUGUUUG